AUGGUAUUUAAAGGAACAGCAUCAUUAAUUGUUCGACUUAGUCGUGCAAUUAUUUCUCGUCCAUUUAAACCUAUUAUAUCUACUAAUCGUAUUAAUCAAAAAUUUCAAUUGAAUAAAAAUCAUCAAAUUUAUUCAAAAUAUCCUCAAAGAUUUUAUUUAUUUCCUUCAAUUUAUCGUUCAGUUUUUACUUCAUUAAAUGGACAAAAUCUUACAAAUUUAAUGCCAUUUCGAAAUACAUUGAACGAAAUUAAACGACGAUUAUUUUUUGCUGCACCAAGUAGUUCUCGUUUUAUUUUGGGUCUACUUGGCUAUUCAUUUGUUCAACAAUCAUCUAUUGAUAAUUUUUAUCUCAAUGAAACAUUAAAUAAAAUUGGUAAUCUUCUUUCGAAAACAACUAUCGUGGAUCAAUUUAAUGAUGACAAUGAAAAAUAUAGUCGAGCAUCACUCGACGAUUAUGAAUUAGGUCGUUUAAUUGGUUGUGGUUGUAAUGCAGCUGUAUAUGAAGCACGACUUCGAUCAUCAUCUAAUACUAUACCAUCGAAUUCUAAUAUAGAAUUUCAAAAACAUAUAAAUGAAAAUGAUUUUGAAAUACUUUCACGUCAAUCAUCAAAUAUUUCAUCCGUCUCCUCUUCAUCAUCAUCAUAUGAAGAUCUAAAUGAAAAUUGUAAUGAUAUUAAUGAAGAUCGACUCAAUGAACUGACGUUAAAAGAAGUUCGAUAUCGAGUAUCAACAAGUAUGAAUCAAUCAUCGAAAAAUAAUUCGGAUAUUUUACCAGCCGGUCAAUUUAAUUUAGCUAUAAAAAUGUUAUUUAAUUAUGGUAUUCAAUCAAAUGCAGAAGCUAUUGAAAAAGCUAUGGAAAAAGAAUUAUUACCAUUACGUAAAUGUUUCUAUCAUCCAAAUGUUGUUCGUAUGUAUUCAUGUUUUGUUGAUUCAUUUCCAUUAUUAAAUGAAGCACAUGAAUAUUAUCCAAUGGCUAUUCCAACACGUUUAUCACCGGAUAGUUAUGGACGUAAUAAAACAUUAUUUAUUGUUAUGCGACGAUAUGAUUUAACAUUAAAUCAAUAUAUAGAAUUAUAUAAACCAAAUAUUCAUGAACGUUUAUUACUUUUUGCACAAUUACUCGAAGCUUUAUUAUAUUUAAAUAAUCAUUCGAUUGUUCAUCGAGAUUUAAAAAGUGAUAAUUUACUUAUUUGUAAUGAAACAGGUGAAUUAGUAUUAGCUGAUUUUGGUUGUGCACUUUAUCAUCCACCAGAUUUAAAAGUUUCAUAUCAAACUGAUGAAAUUUCUAAAGGUGGAAAUCUUGCAUUAAUGGCACCUGAAAUUUUGACAUGUCAACCAGGUCCAAAAUGUUAUCUUGAUUAUAGUAAAUCUGAUCUUUGGGCAAGUGGUACUUUAUGUUAUGAAUUUUUUUCUCAAAAAAAUCCAUUUUUUCAUGGUUUACUUCGACAAGAUAAUUAUGAUGAUGAAAAAUUACCAUCAUUUUCAUCAAAAACACCUUCAAUUAUUGAACAACUUGUACAUUCAAUGCUUCGAAAAAAUCCGGAACAGCGUCCAUCAAUAUUACUUGCAAGUAAUUGUAUUCAUUUAUGUCUUUGGUUUAAAUCAAUAAAAUCAAAAAAUGAACUUUAUCAAGCAUACAUGUGGACAGCAUUGAAAACAUUAUUUAAUAAACAUAGAUUAACACGUGUUGAACUUAAUUUAAAAAAACUUUUUUUUGAAAGACAAACGUGUCAAUCACUUUAUCAAGCACAAACAUUUCUCACUCAACUUUAA